AUGGCACAGUGCCAGGACCGUGUGAUCCACGUGUCGUUGGUGUCGAGUCCGUGUUCGAGUUCAUGGACCACUGACAUUGCUGACCUUGCAGACAAUCGACCUACCUUGAGUAAGGUGAUAGAGGCCAGCUACUAUAAUGACGACAAGAGCGCUGACCUUGCAGACAAUCGACCUACCUUGGGUAAGGUGAUAGAGGCCAGCUACUAUAAUGACGACAAGAGCGCUGACCUUGCAGACAAUCGACCUACCUUGAGUAAGGUGAUAGAGGCCAGCUACUAUAAUGACGACAAGAGCGCUGACCUUGCAGACAAUCGACCUACCUUGAGUAAGGUGAUAGAGGCCAGCUACUAUAAUGACGACAAGAGCGCUGACCUUGCACACAAUCGACCUACAGCGGGUAAGGUGAUAGAGGCCAGCUACUAUAAUGACGACAAGAGCGCUGACCUUGAGGCCAAUCGACCUACCUUGAGUGAUAGAGGCCAGCUAUAUAAUGACGACAAGAGCGCUGACUUGCAGACAAUCGACGACAGCGGUAAAGAGGCGCUGAGACCUUGCACACAAUCGACCUACCUUAAGUUAGGUGAUAGAGGCCAGCUACUAUAA